AUGUGUAUUGUAGAACUCAAAAUGUUUUUUUCACACUACAGAGAACGAAUCGAAAUAAAUGAAGAAAAUAUACAAAUUAUUGAAAUGUUAAAUAGAAGCACCGGCUUAAAAAUGUUCCCCAAUCUUCAGACAUGGGGUCAUUAUGUAUUUAAAACGAUUUCUCCCAACGAUGAUAUUUUGACAUUUGAGAAAUGCGAGUCUGUCUUUGGUACAAGUUAUACUAACGGAAUAUUUGGUUUAUUCGACGCCAAUAACGAUUUGACAAUAACAGCAGGCGAAUUUGUGACAGGAUAUUAUGGCGUUAUACGCGAAAAAUAUUUCUUGAAUCAAGCACUUUUACAAAAAAAUAAUCUCUUUUAUAAGCUUAAUAUAAUUGUAUCUAUAAUGUGUCUACCCUUUGCUGUAUUCGUCGGCAUAUCAUUUUUGGGAUUCGCAAAAUAUUUUGCUAAUCUUUUUUCAAUAAUUUCAGGAAUUAUACUUUCUCUAAGUUUUGUAUUUUCAUCUGUUGUAGGUGAUAUUUUUAGAUCUUUAAUAUUCAUUUUUAUUGUUCGGCCAUUUGAAGCUGGUGACUAUGUCAAAAUUAACGAUAAAAUUUUUAUUGUAGAAGAACUUGGAUUAUUGUACAGCUCAUUUCUAAUUGAUAGCUUACUAACAUACGUGCAAAAUUCACAACUUAUGUCUAAGCACAUUGUUAAUUACAGAGUCAGUGAAAUAGAAGAAAAAAUUUACAAAUUUAAAUUUAAUAUUAAAUCUUUUAAAGAGAAAGCAGAAAUGCUAAAUAGAAAAAUUAAAAAGAUUUUAAAAUCAGAUACACAAGUUUACACAGGUAAAUAUCUAAUUAAUAAUUAUAUUAUAUUAAAUGAUGAUAUUAUGACUGUUGAGAUUGUCAUUUAUUUUAAAAUAAGAUACCAGUACAUUAAAGGGUUGCUAAAAAACGAAGAUGAUUUCUUAUUAACCUUACAUGACAUAUUUAGGGAUUUAGAUUUAAAAGUUUGUUAA